UUGGGUCUCAACCCCAACCCCAAUCCAAAUCCAAAUGGUCUUUGUGUGUAAAAAGCUCUUCGUUUCUUUCACCCAAAUUAGAUCCAUGAUAGUUGUUCAAAUUUUUGUAGCAGAGGGAGUAUUGUAUGGAAGUCAUUUUUGCUUUGAGGGUUUACUUGGAUUUGGGUCUCCUUCCUUGGUUUGGAGUGGAAUCUGCACCUGCAAUUGUAUUUUUGAAAGAACAUGGAAUCAAACAUGUUGUGUACCAUGGAUCCAAGAAGCACUAUCCAUGGUUGAUAAAGAUCAGCCGUCAUCGCUAGCGGCUGUUGCACUGAAGGAAAUGCGGUUGAUAUUUACCUGGCUUGAUGGGGAAGCCCAACAAGUGUCACCAUUUGUUUGUCAGGCAUGUCAAUGUUUUCCAAGUUUAGUUGUAGUUCAAUUCACAUUUGUCGUAGUGAAUGGAUUAAUUAAUUUGAGGGUCAUGUAUGUGAUGUGUAUGGUACUUGGUCACAAUUUAUUCUGAAAUUUUAUUCUCUGUCGAACUUAGUUGGAAUCACUGUUGGCAUUGGAAUAUUUUUGCCAAAGUGCCAGUAUCUUAAUCCAAAUGGUGGCCUAAGUUGGAAAAGGUAGUCAGUGAUUAUUGCUAUUAUAAAUUCUGACAGUGUUAUACUGCCAUAAAAUAAUAUGAAAUUAUUUACAUUAUAAAUCAUUCAAUCUAAUAGCAGGAUUAAUUCUGAAACAUAAAAUGCUAAAACCACAUGUGACCUUUGGCCUUGCAAAUGCAGGGUAUCAAAAAAAUGGUCACAACUUCCUUAUGCGCUAUACUCCCGUGCUGUAAGCAGCUGAGAAUUUCUACUUGAAACUUUUGGAAAUGUCCAAGAAUCCAAUUGCAUUCAUAAAUCUUUUGACAUCUGCAUAUGGUUUGUUUUAGAAGAUUAGAGAGGCUUGUCACUGAUUUGGAA